CCGCUGACAACAGACCCGGCACAGAUUAAUCCACCCCGGCCACAACCAACCUUGCGCUCAACUGGACCCAAGAGAAAGCGAGGCAGGCCAAAAAAGCCUGUUCCACUGGUGGUGCACAAAAGUCAAAGGGUGCUCCACGCCUCUCGUCAGUCGAAGAAGAGGAACACACCACCACCCGCUGUAAUCAACCUUUGUACACCUUCCCCGCCUCCCACCACAAAGGCGAGGCCCGCAAAGAAAGGGCCGCGGUGGGCCACAAUUAACGGGCAGGCGACGCCAGGACCGUCGCGUCAUGCUCAUGUGUCGUCACCAGAGAUCACUUGGUUCAACCAGCGCCCACCUCCGCUCCAGAGUCCGGUACCCGCUGUUAAAGGCGAGUGCAGCAGCAGCAGCCGCCGCCGGCCUUUCAUGACUCCCGAUUCCCCCAGUGUCGGAGGCGAUAGCAGCAGCCGUGAAAGCAGCCUUAUCCAGAUAGCUUCGAGGGCGUCAACGGCCGAUCGUUUGUCCCGGCAACAAUCACGGCAGCGUCGGCGCGCCAGCAUUCUAAAGGGCACCCAUACGCAUUUCGAGUCGAGAGAUGAGAAGGACGACAACGACGACAGUCUAGAAGAUGAGGACGAGGACGAGGACGAGGACGAGGAAAGCGAUGAGGAAGGAGACGGGACUAGAAUUGACGAGGAGGAGGAUCAAACUGAGCCAUGGUUCCUCAAUCGACCCCCUUCCAGGAACCGCCGGUUCACCAGUCUCACCCAGGAAGAGUCGACAGGUGAAGAUGGCGAGAGAUCGUACAUGGCCGCUAGAUCUCUUCCAUCGAGGCUCGGCAGCCCCAGAUCCGAUGAGUCUUUUAGUCGCACAGAGGCGUCUCCUUCGGCAUCGAAGCGCAAGCGCGACACAUGGUCCACGAUUGACUUGAGCUCCGCAACUGGAAACAUGCACGGCGCGGCACCUCCUCCAUGCAAGAGACGCGUGCUGGACAAGGCCAGUGGAAAUAGCCCGAGGCAUGCCUAUCGCCACGGUCGGAAGCGCCGUCGGCAGGGUGAAUACUUGACGCCAAGGACACCGGUUGCGGAUCAGAACGGCUUCGGGCGUGACUCUCCCAGCCAGGACUGGGACUACUAUAGCCGGCGACAGUCGCCCCUCCCGAGUCACGACGGGUAUGAAGGUCCUCGUCCCGCCUCUUCGGACGCCGUCACUGACGAUGCAAACGCUCCGGGCUUCAGCCUCGCCCCUCCGAUUCCCCCCCGUCUCUCAUUGGGAUUUGACCCGGCGCUGAUCUCCGAGUCGCUGCAUAAGUUUCUUAAAGAUGCGGAGAGUGCCUCCAAGCAACCCCCCGAACGCUCGCUCAACAACGCGGCCCCAAGCACAUCGCAAGCCCAGCGGCCUCUCCCCCCACAGCCCGAGAAGCCGAGCCUCGUCUUCGACCCUCCCAAAACUCAACCUGACGCGCUCCACCACAAGCCUCCUCCGCUACCCAAAAACACGACGCGUCGCAUCAGCAAAAGUCGAGCCUUUGAACCACCUGAGCAUGCCCAAGCCGCGGGUGUCUCUGCUCCACGCUGCGCCCUGUCGACGAGCAUCUCCGCUGCACCGACUCCAGGCGCCCCGGCCGCCUCACACUACGCGGCCGAUCCCCCUUCUCCUCGCCUCUCGGUAAAGGAGGAGAUGCUGUCGGCAUCGACGCAGACGGACUCGACAGCGAACCUUCACCGCCACGCCGCCAGGCCCAGCACUUCCCCCUCAGAUGGCAGCUCGCGCAAGCCCUGCGUCCAUCACGUCCACAGUCCCUGUUCAGUUUGCACAUGCGCCACGUCCAACCUCAUUGUUAGUCUCCUGCACUGGGCGCACAGCGCAGAGUGGUUCUCGUGCGAGUGUGAGAAGUAGCUUCCGUUGCGUCGGUCUCGUCCCAGCCGGAGAAGAAUGCAUAUCCUGUGAAGUCUUGG